UCUCUGGGAUAAACAGAAAGUUGCAGAACAUAUCAUAAAAAAAUAUCAUUUAGAUGACAGUUCAUGAUAACCUGAAAAAUUUUAGGCUUGAAAGAAUUCUAUGUUUCUAAUUCCAUUUGUGGUAGUAAGCAUAAUAUUCAUAUACACAAAUAAUAUGUUUGACAUGCAGCUGUAAUUUCGUUCGCAAAUGUCUACUUUCGUUUCGCAACCACAUCAAAUCAAAAUUCAUACUUACCAAUUUGCAUAUAAUGCACCACCAUAACCGCACGGAAUUGUGGGUAUUCAAGUUGGUUUGUUUAGGCUCUCUGAUUGGUCGAGCCCAGCGUGAGUUUCGUCCGCCGCUCAUAGAGGCAGUAGUUACCGUGUUGCCCUUUCUCCUAUUCAAGAUUCCACCCCCUGGUCCUGAUCGUCCUGAUCGGGCGUGAUCGUCCCAGUCGUUUUGAUGUCCGUGUUGUUGGUGAGGAAGGCACGUGGGCCACGUGACAGUAGAUAGAAAUAUUGGGCUGUCAUUUAAUUAAGUACUUUUAUAUAAUUCAGUUCAAUAUAAUAGCAAUGCAUGUAGCAUCUGAAGAUAAAAUUGAAGCUAUAGGCCGAGUACUUAGUGACCAAACCAGACCUCUCAAAGAGAGGUUCCGAGCUUUAUUUACUCUGAGAAAUCUUGGUGGCUCUGUGGCACUGCGUUGUAUCGAGCAAUGUUUUACCGAUCCGUCAGCCUUAUUGAAGCACGAACUUGCAUAUUGUCUUGGUCAAAUGCAAGAUACUAGGGCCAUUCCGGUGUUGAAACGUAUCCUGGCCGACAGAAAUCAAGAAUCAAUGGUUAGGCACGAAGCAGGUGAGGCUUUAGGAGCAAUAGCAUCGUCAGAUGUUAAGGAUAUUUUAGAAGAAUAUUCGGAUGAUCCUGUAAUUGAAGUUGCAGAAACUUGUCAGCUGGCUUUGAGUAGAAUUAGGUGGUUGGCUGAGUCUGGCCAGUCAGAAAAGAAAUUAUCUGAAAAUCCAUAUGCCUCUGUAGAUCCUGCACCUCCAUCACAGGAAACUGAUGUAACAGUUUUGAAACUGAUGUUAAAGGAUGAAAAUCUAAACUUGUUUGAUAGAUACAGAGCAAUGUUCACCCUGAGGAAUUUAAAGACAUCAGAGAGUAUACUGGCCCUUGGUGAAGGUUUGAAGGCUGGUAGUGCACUCUUCCGCCAUGAAGUGGCUUUUGUGUUGGGGCAGCUUCAGAAAGAUAGCAGCAUUCCUUAUCUGCAGGCUUCACUGGAAGACCAUGCAGAGAAUGAGAUGGUGCGUCAUGAAUGUGCCGAGGCUUUGGGAGCGAUUGGCUCUCCAGUAUGUGUUAAUAUUUUAAGGAAAUAUUUAGAAGAUGAUAAACGGGUUGUGAAGGAAAGCUGUGAAAUAGCAUUGGACAUGUGUGAAUAUGAAAAUAGCCCAGAAUUUCAGUAUGCCAACACUUUGCUUAAGUUAUAGAUUUGAAAAUUUAUUUUACUUUUCCAGACUCAAAGAGUAACUUUAAUAAAAGUUUCAUAUCAUGAAGACAGUAUUUACUAAAACGUAUUAGUGUGUUACAUGAAGGUGAUAUAUAUUGAUUACAAGACCCCACAUUUAUUAUGCACUGCCUAACUGAAUACUGAAGAUAGAUGGUAGGUUUCCCCACUCUUACCUUCGAGCACUGUGGGUUACCUCUGUUGCUGGAUGGAGUUCUGUUCUUGUACUCAUCACCGUGCACCUUCAUUACUUAGUCGGCCUGUACCCAGACUGAUUCAAAAGUUCUUAGAUUGCAGUACUUUUAGAUCCUUGAAACUGAAUUUCUGGAGAUGGAGUUGACUGAUUUAAAAACUUUAUCCAUGCUCAUUGCCAAGGUAUUUAUUACCAGGGAUGAUAUUGUCAUGUGUUGGGUAUGUGAUGCGACAGAUAACUUCACACCAUUUGGAUCUAGCGAAUUUAUUCCACUCA